GUCUAGAUCUCCUGAAAGCAAUCUGGAUUUAUUGAUAACCUGGGGACUUCCGUAUUUAUUUGUUUAUUCAAUUUGGGUUAUAUAUAUCAGUAUUUGGGUGUAGGUGUAGGUAACUAGCUAAUUGCUGGGGCUGAUCUCCUGAUUCAGACGCCGAUGCCGCUAAACUAGUCGAGGCGAGCGGCCUCACUGGCACAAAGCGGCGAUCCGAUCAGCUGCGGGUUGCACUACGAUGGAUUGUAGACACAUUUUUGUAAAGAGUCUGGUCGAGCGGAAGACGUGUCUGAUGAGCUAUAAAGACUAGAUAAAGGCGGCCCGGGAGAAGUUUGAAGCUCAUCCCAUGCACCAAGAUCCCCCACUCGAGGCUUGAGAUCGCAGCAUGGAUCUGGGCAGCGCCGUGGUUUUGUGGAUCACACUCCUAUGCUUGGUGUUGGAGAAGCCAGGCGCCGGCGCCGAGCACAUGCAAUCCGACUUCGGGCUGUCAGACUUCUGCCGCAUUGACGAGCCGCUGUGCCAGGAUGAAAACGCCCGCCUCAGCUUUGAUGCCAUACGCAACAUCCACAAGCAGAUGGAUGACGACGCCAAUGGCAAUGUGGACGUCUUGGAGACUGAUGGGUUCCUGAGGGAGGACCUGAAUUAUCAUGACCCCAAGGCUAAGCACAACACCUUCCACGGGGAUGACCAAUUCAUCAGUGUGGAGGACCUAUGGAAAGCUUGGAAGGGUUCUGAAGUGUACAACUGGACAAUGGACGAUGUGGAGGACUGGCUCAACACCUACGUGGAGCUGCCUCAGUAUGCAGAGACCUUCCGGAAGAUGCAGUUCAAUGGCAGUGUCAUGCCCAGGCUUGCCACACAGAAUACGACGCUGACCCAGUCGGUGCUGAAAAUCCUGGACCGCCGUCAUGCUCAGAAGCUGCACCUGAAGGCUCUAGACACUGUGCUGUUCGGCGCUCCGCUCAUGAACAGACAUAGCCAUCUGAAGGACUUCAUGCUAGUGGUGUCUAUUGUGAUUGGCAUGGGCGGCUGCUGGUUCGCCUACAUCCAGAACCGCUACUCCAAGGACCACAUGAGCAAGAUGAUGAAGGAUCUGGAGGGCCUGCAACGGGCCGAGCAGAGCCUACAUGACCUGCAGCAGAAGCUGCAGAUAGCACAAGAGGAGCACCGAACUGUAGAGGUAGAGAAGGUCAACCUGGAGCAGAAGCUACGAGAUGAGAUCAACGCAGCCAAGCAGGAAGCUCAACGGCUGAAGGAGCUACGCGAAGGCACCGAAAACGAGCUGAGCCGGCAGAAGUACGCCGAGGAGGAGCUCGAUCAGGUACGUAUGGCUCUGAAGAAGGCUGAGAAGGAGCUGGAGUCCCGGAGCAGUUGGUCGGCACCUGAGCCUUUGCAGAAGUGGUUGCAGCUUACGCAUGAGGUGGAGGUGCAAUACUACAACAUCAAGAAGCUGAAUGCUGAGAGGCAACUGAUAGUGGCCAAGGAGGGGGCGGAAAAGAUCAAGAAGAAGAGGAACACUCUGUUUGGUACUUUUCAUGUGGCACACAGUUCCUCGCUAGAUGAUGUGGACCACAAGAUUCUGGCAGCCAAGCAGGCUCUGGGCGAGGUCACGGCUGCCCUCCGUGAGCGACUGCACCGCUGGCAGCAGAUAGAGGUCCUGACCGGCUUCACCAUAGUCAACAACCCGGGGCUGCCAUCCUUAGCUUCGGCCCUCAACCUGGACCCCAGCUUUGUGGGCGGCCGGGCUACACCUCAGCAUUUCAUCAUGUCCGACGACAUGGACGAUAUGGAUGAGGACAUCAUGUCUCCCGGGGCACUGCAAUACGCCGCCUGGCAGAUGGGUCGUCCAGUGAGCGAUCUCUGGUCUGUCAGUUCCGAACAUCAUUUGCUGUGGACCACUUCUGCUCCCAGUAUGAUGUCCUUACGCCAACGGCACAUUGACCCCCAGCUGGCUAUGGGCUCCCAGAGGUUGGUAGAGAGCUGUUUGUUGGCAGGGCACCAGGGAGAGGGCACUUAUCCCACCAGGCCUAGGGCCCCCGCUCGCCCCUCACGAAGCCAGUCCUUCGGGCAGUUCGAAUCUGUCCCUCUACCUCCGUUAUCCUCUACUUUCUCUCACUCCUCCAUCGUCUGCCCAACUCCUCCAUCGCCUCUUCCUCUGCACCACUCCUCCUCUUCCACUCCUGCUGCUGUUAUGGUUGUCCCGCCCACCUUGCUUGUCCAUCACCCUGCUUAUUUCCAGCCAUUGGACACCAUCCCCGAUGUCCCCGACCUUUCCCUGGUGCAGUCCCCACACUCCGGCAGCUUCGGGGACCUUAACCGCUCUGAUUCUGACUCCUCCUUGUCGCUGUCCCAGUCUGGUGAACAGCUGCGUCUCUCGUCAUCUCUUGGCUCUAAGGGUCAUUCGGUGAAGCCCAGCUCCUUCCUGCAUGCCCACACGAGUCGUGGAGAUGAACCCGCCCACCUACAUGCUCAUACGACCCCCAAUGGUGGGAACCGCUUCCCAGAGGGUGGCGCCUGGCUGGAGGGGGGUCCAGACAGCCCUCUGCUCACAAAGAAGACAUAUGCCAUAGAGAAGUCAGCCAGUCUUAGCGAGAUCAACAGUGCCCUGGUUGGGCUCUCGCAGUCCGAGUCCUCACGCUCCAUAAGCCCCACUUCCACUGACCCCGAUACCCCUUCCCCUACCGGAGCACAGUCGCUCGUCGGCGGGGUCAAAGGUAGCAGCCGCCUUCCCCAGCUCUCUUCCAAGAAGAGCCCCCUGGAGGAAGACAGUGGCUCCACAGGGGAGGACACUGACUCCACAACUAGCCGCAAGAAACAUCCAUUCAAGAUCUUCAAAAAGCAGAAGAAGUAGUGGAGUGUGUUGCUCCACCACAGACAGUUUGUCAAGCCUCCCCCCCCAAACCCCCCCCUAUUUUGAAAGAGAUGUCAGAUUUUCUCUUGCAGAAGUCUUUUUUUGAGGAUCUUUUGGUCCUUUUUUGAGAUGAACUGUUGAGGGCGGGAGGGGAACAAGGAAAUUGAUAGAUUUUGUUUUCGUAAAUGAUUUAAAUAUAUAUCUACAAAAAUUGGAAUCAGUGAGCUUAUAUAUAUUGGAAUGUAAACUGCUAUUUAUUCUGCAGGAAUCGGUGCCAGUAUUUCUCAAGGAAUCCUCCUACCUGAUGGUGUUCUCGUUUUAGUUACAUCUGUUUGCAUGUCUUCACCUUGGUUGAAUUGAAAUUUGAAUGCUUUUUGGUGUUGGCUUGGUUCUCGUCCUUUUUCAGCUUAAGUUGUAUGGCCACUGCUGUUUGUUACUUCCCCUUUUGGUUUAGUGGUCAUACUAAACUCAGUUAAUGAAAUUCAGUGUUGGUUACCGAAUGGGGGGGAAAAAGGCUGAACCAAAAACAAACAACUUCCCAAAGAAAAAAGGCAUAGCAGGGUGUAGCUGAAGUCUGUUUGGGAACACUUAGGAAAUCUAGGGGAUCACUCCAUUUUUCUUAUUUCUAAUAAUAAUACUAUUUGUGUUUCUGUGUCUCUGAUUUGAACUUUUACAUAAUGGUUAAAAGGUUACAUUUUUUCCACCCCCUUUCCUACUCUGUGAGUUCCAUUAAGAAAUGACAAAGUUCUUUUCAUGCUAAAACAUGUUGGACAUUUGAUGUCUUUCCUUGUUCCUCCUGAUGUUAAAUAUGAGUCUCAUUACUCUUAUGGUGGUUUACUUAGUCCCUGGAGCCCACAUAUCUCCAUGUGGUGCUGACAAGGAGAACAUUUGGGCCUUUGCAGCCCCUCCCAUGGCCUUCCAGGACUGGAAAAUGCUCUCACGCCAGAAUGUCACCUGAAUGUGAUAUGUAAUCUGUGUUUUAAAGACACUUCAGAGAAUGUGCUGCAAGUCACAUUUGUUAUGGCGUCAAAAAAUGAUGGGUGGGAGGGAGGCCUAGAUGCCAUGUAAAUUUGGAACUAAGGUAGGAAGUAGGUUUAUUGGGGGAGGGUUUUUUUUUGAUAUUCUUAUUAAGUGCUGUAUUUUUUUCUUCAAACACUAGAAUGGGUGUCUUUGUGUCCUGGAUGAGGGCUCCCCUGUCUGGCUAGGCAGAGCUCUCAUCCAGACGGUUAUUCUGGUGUUUGUAAAUACACUGUGUUCCUCUGUCCCCUACAUUCCUUGUGUGGAAUAGGGCAUGGAAGCUAAUAUUUUUGCUGUAUUUUACCAAAUAGCCUCAUGCUGAGAUUCUCACGGACAGAUGGUUAGACGCAUGAUCACGAUCACCUAACAAAACAACCGUGAAUUGAAGGUGCAACUCAAGAAAGGACUGGAGCCAAAAUUACACAAGGAUCUGUGUGUGAUUGUGAAGUGGAUCAAUCUGUCUUCGGAACCCUGCAUCUUGCCUUAAGAACUGUCAGUUACCACAGCAGUGCUGGCAGAACAAACCAUUCCCUCGCAGGGGGGGGUGUGGCUUUCCCAAAUAACGGUUAUGUUGAAAUUGUCAGUUUUUUCCCCUCUCCUUCCAUUUCCCUUAUUAUAGUUUAUGCUCUUCUUGGUCAUUUUAUUUAAAUGUAAUUUGUACCACUAUUGCACGUUGAAACUAAUGGGUGUGUGUGUGUGUGUGUCUGUGUGCGUGUUUGCGUGUGUCUGUUCUGUAAGCGUGUUCCUCGUCAGCUGCAUUGUUCCCUGCACUCCUGCAUGUGACCCAGUGCAAUGCCUGUGUUCAGAAGGGAGACCCUUCUCAACUCCACAUGGCUGAUUCUUUCUGAUUUUUACUUGGUCUCUGUUUAAGAUGACAUAUCUUCACAAGGGGAAAAGAAAUAAGACUUUUUGCAUCUUCUGUGACCUUAGACUUUGACUCUUCGGAAUUUUAUGGCACUCCUGCAUGAUAGCAAUAAACUAUUUUGAAUGAAA